CAAUUGUGCCAUGUCCAUCACAUUUCUGUAGCUCUAUGGCCGAAAUGAUACAGUUUGUUUCCUUAUUCUAAACCCCAAAGUAGCAAUAGUUAGAUUAGAGUACAUAGUUUUUGUCACACCUCACUUCUCUCCGAUUUGCGCUUGUUCUUCUUCUUGGUCAACUCGAUCGUAAGUCGUAGAACUAGAAGGGUGAGGGCAAUAUGGAGGUAACAAAAGGGAAGGAAACUAAAAUUGUUUUGACGAAACCCUUCCAAUUGGAAGCUGAAUCAGAUUUAGAACCGUCUUAUAGAGCCCCCCAUCUCCUACAUCGCUUGUUAAGUUUACUCAAGAACGUGCGGCCAGGAUCAGAUCUCACAAACUUCCAACUGCCGCCUGUGUUUAAUUUCCCAAAAUCUCAACUUCAAUGCUAUGGUGAAUCAGUGUACUGCACAUCUUCCAACUUGCUAAGCCAAUGCAACAGUGGGCAGAGUCCACUGGACAGGUUCACAUCAGUAGUAGCAUGGAGCAUAUCUACCACACGCCCCACAUCUUUUGGUGUUGCUCCUUAUAAUUCCACUCUUGGAGAGACCCACCAUGUUUCCAAGGGCAAUCUCAACGUCCUAGUUGAGCAGGUUUCACUCAAUCCUCCAGUAUCUGCCCUCCAUGCAACAGAUGAGAAGGAAAACAUUGAGAUGAUAUGGUGCCAGCAGCCUGUUCCAAAGUUUCGGGGUACAUCUAUUGAAGCUCAAGUGCAUGGUAAACGGCUGCUGAAGCUCCAAAAUCAUGGAGAAACAUAUGAAAUGAAUUCUCCUCACCUUUCAAUUAGAAUUCUUCCGGUUCCUGGGAUUGAUUGGGUUGGCAAUGUUAAUAUAAGGUGCCCAGAGACAGGUCUGGUAGCUGAAAUAUCAUACAGAUCAAGCCAUUCUUUUUUAGGAUUUGGGGGAAGUCGUAAAUUGAUCAAAGGGAAAAUCCUUGACUCUUCAUUACUCAAAGUUCUCUUCGAAGUUGAUGGUCAUUGGGAUAAGAUAGUUAGAGUGAAGGAUACAAAUAGUGGAGAAGUGAGAGUGAUAUAUGAUGCCAAAGAAGCCAUUUCAGGUCUCAAAACUCCUAUUAUCAAGGAUGUGGAGAGUGUGUGGCCAACCGAAUCAGCCCUUGUUUGGAGUGAGUUGAGCCAAGCCAUUAUGAACAAAGAUUGGGAAAGAGCAAGAGAAGCAAAGCAAGACGUGGAAGAAAGACAGAGGAAUAUGUUGAGAGACAGAGCCAUGAAAGGAGAAACUUGGUUUCCUAAGAAUUUUAGGGUGUCUUACAGUAAAGACACAUGGGAAUGGGACUGUUCACCAACUCAUAAAUGGGUCCCUGAGGCCCCCAUCAUAGCUCAAUAAUUUAUUGUUAUGUACUAUGUACUGUGAUGUCUUUAAAUACCAGCCAAAACACAGUUAUAGGCUGUUCAAAAAUUUAUUUCUGGUUGGACACCAAAAGGGUUGGAAGAUUUAUUGUUGUACUCAUGAAAUUCAUUUAAACCUAAGUUAUUUAUUAUUUUUAAUUUUUAA